AAGAGGUGUCCACACAGCUAGAGCGCACAGAUGCAGCUGCCCGCUUCCGGGGGGGCACUUACUCUUCGUCCGUUUGGAUAGAAAACUCUUACUCAGAGGCUCUAAUCUGCACGUUUUUUGGAAACUCUCCUGCUCGCCUUUUCCACUUCUUCCCUCCAGUCUGACUAGUUUUUUUUUUUUCCUCCUGUGUCAGUUUAAAUCUUUGCCUUUCUUCUCACUGUUGCGCGGUUAAGUUUUCAUCACCGAGGACAGAGUGGGCAGCACUGCAGCAUGGAGCCUUACACGGUCCCCGGAGCUCAGCUCUCCCUGUCCGACCUUUACUCCGUCAUCCCCUUCAAUGUCACCCUCCCGGCUGAUGAGAGCGACUUAAUGAGCGACAGGCUGCAGAACUACACCGAGCAGCAGAAUCCGGUGAGGAGCGCCGGGGGUAUAAUCAUAGCCAUAUCCAUCACGGCGCUCUACUCCGUUAUUUGCGUGGUGGGACUUCUCGGCAACGUCCUUGUCAUGUACGGAGUGGUCAGAUACACCAAGAUGAACACUGCCACAAAUAUCUACAUCUUCAAUCUAGCUCUUGCCGAUGCCUUGGCCACCAGCACGCUGCCCUUCCAGAGCGCCAAAUACCUCAUGAACACCUGGCCAUUUGGGGAUGUCCUCUGCAAGCUCAUUAUUGCCAUCGACUACUACAACAUGUUCACAAGUAUCUUCACCCUCACAAUGAUGAGUGUAGAUCGCUACAUCGCCGUGUGCCACCCAGUCAGGGCGCUGGAGUUUCGGACGCCUGUCAAGGCCAAGUUGAUCAACAUACUCAUCUGGGUCCUGUCCUCUGCAAUUGGUGUGCCUGUCAUGAUCAUGGCUGUGACCAAAGUGGCAGACAAUGGUAAAACCACUUGCAUGUUAAAGUUUCCUGAGCCUGACUGGUAUUGGGACACGGUGACAAAGAUCUGCGUCUUCAUCUUUGCUUUUGUGGUCCCUGUGAUGGUCAUCACCAUAUGCUAUGGUCUGAUGAUCCUGCGUCUGAGGAGUGUUCGUCUGCUCUCAGGCUCCAAGGAGAAAGACCGCAACAUGCGCCGCAUUACCCGCAUGGUCCUGGUGGUGGUGGCGGCCUUUAUCAUCUGCUGGACCCCCAUUCACAUAUUUAUCAUUGUGAAGACCAUGAUAGAAAUUGACAGCAGGAAUCCCUUUGUGAUAGCUAGCUGGCAUCUGUGCAUCGCUUUGGGGUAUACCAACAGUAGCCUCAAUCCUGUCCUCUAUGCAUUUUUAGAUGAAAAUUUUAAGCGAUGCUUCAGGGAUUUCUGCCUCCCCUGUCGUACCCGUGUGGAGCAAAACAGUCUGACCAGAGGCCACAACACCACCAGGGAGCCAGUGUCCAUCUGUGCUCCAACAGAAGCAGGAAAGAAGCCGGCAUGACUAGGCAUGGACCGGGUCCCCCAUUGCUCUCGUUCAAGGAGGAUCCAGCAAGAUCUCCAAUCAGAAGUCACCCAGAUCUCCACAACAGAGUUUUAAGAGAUAUUUUCAAAGGAAGAGUUGACAUAGUCAAAUCUUGUUUUAUUCUCUCUAAUUUGGCUGUCAAACGAGACAUUCAAAUGAAUAAUUAAAGGUAAUGGAAAACAAGUUCCACUUUCUAUUAAAGUUCUUACUGUCCCCCCUCAAAGUGAUGCCUUACAGAGGCACUGAGAGUAGAAUGAUAUUGAUGGCCUAAAAUGUUUUAUCAAGAUAAUGAAACAGUUCAUAAUUUAGGGAUUGAAAGCUGAACUUUCUGAUGACGCAAAAAGGGCAAAGAAAUCCUUGAAGGAGUCUGUCUCAAAAAAUGUCAUUCAUAUGGCAUUUAUCUUGGUACUAUAAUCGAGCAGAGAAUGACUGAUGUACAAAAAAGCCAAAAGUUUAAAACAAUGGCCUUUUCAAAUCUGACUUUGCCAUUUCAUCAGAGACAUCUGAUGUGGAUUAAAAAACUGAAAAGUAAGAAUUUUGCAGAUUAACUCUUUCCAUUUGUACAUUUAACAUCAUCUCAUAAUAAGUGAGCCUUACAGAGGAGAAUCACACAACUCUUGCCCACCGACAGCUGGAUGAUGAAUUACAGUGUAGUUUGUUGCACAAUGGCAGCAACUCUACAUGGAGAAGCAGGGAAUUCUUGUUUGGUAUUCCGUGUGAUUCAACCACCCUUUGGGUAUUUUUUUGUAUUUUUCUUUGUUUUAAAAAGAGACACGUGGUGUGUGCUGAAAGACCAUUUUGGACUCGGUGGAUUUGAAAAAGGUCUGUCAUAACAGAUGUAGAAUCAGAAUGGAGCCCACUCUAUGGGGUUUGUGCUUA